GAUAUUUAAGGAUCCAUUUCCCAACCAUCUUGCUUUCAAGUACAGCUUCUUACGCAACUUCCACUCGACCGCUCGAUCUGGCCGAUGGUGUUCAUGCUUCAUGCCAUGUGUUUGGAUGACCUUGUCUGGCUUCAUGCUCGCUUUCGCUCAUACCAGCACCCAAGCGAACACAGCAACAACACAAAACCACCUCUGUCUUUGAUCACAUACCCAAGCUAGCUAGCUAUCUAGAUAAAGAGACUUUAGCACCAUGCCGAUGCAUCCCGAUUAUACCAAAGACCACACGGUCAUGCUGAACUGUACCAACGCAGCGCCGUUGGUGAGUCCACUAGACGAUUACAACGAGAAGGACUUGCCGUUGACCUGGAAGACCAAGACCAUCAAGAAGCUCGAUCCAAACACAUAUGUCUUUUACUGCACAGCGCGGUUAACCACCGCUCGAAUCAACAAGAACAUGGUUGUCAUUGAACACAAGGGAGAGCUGUCGCUGAUCAAUCCACUCAAGCUCACAGGCGAAGGACAACGGAAACUGGGCAACCUCGGGGCCAUCCGGCACAUUGUACGACUGGGCGCCACUCUGCACGGUCAUUACGAAGACGAAUACUACCUGAAUACGAUCCCAGGAGUGCAACGAUGGGCUCCAGGUCCGUUUUCCGAUCCCAGAAGCCACAACCUACCCAUUCAUCACACACUCAAGGAACGGAAUUCUGCUCCGUUUCCCCAAGCAAGGGUCUUUUGCUUCAAGUAUACGAAAGACCCAGAAGCUGUCAUUAUGCUAGAACGAGAAAACCACGGGAACGUGCUCCUCACAGGUGAAUGCUUACAGAGUCAGAAAGACAAUGAAUUUGUCAACAUGCCCGUCGUUGCCAAGAUGAAGCUCAACGGAUUGCUGCGCUCGGACAUUGUGGUGAGUCCGCCAUGGAUCAAGGAAAUGGCACCACCCAAGACGGCCGGAAUUGGAGAGCAAAAGGCAUACAAGCGUGAUCUGAGAACGGAUUUCCAACGACUGCUGGGGCUCAAGUUCAACAGACUGCUGAGCACCAGUGGCAAUGUUGUCAAGUACGGAGCCAAAGAAGGGGCUGUCUUGGCCGUGGAAUACGCAUUUCCGCUAUGGGGAUCCUCACAACAUGUCCAAUAA